AUGACGGAGAGUAGUGGGCUGGUCAGUUCGAGGAGAGAUAGGGAGGUGAGAGAGGAGGUGGAGAGGGAGAAGAUGGCCGUGGAAGAAGAUCUCAUCGGCAGGAGACAAGUCGACGGCGAAUGGAUCGGUUUGUGUAUAAGACGACGACGUUUUGGUGGCGUUUCUGAGAGUAGGGCUGAUGGGUUUUGA